AUGUUUUGUGAUAUCUCCCUCCGAGAGUUGGGGCUAGAUCUUGUUGACUUUGAGCCGGAUGCUGGGCAACACAGGAAAGAUGGAGCAAAUGAUGCAAAUUUCAUUUCAGACACUAGAAUCCCUGCAGCAGAUGAAGCUGGAAGAGCCAUCGAGUGCAUGCAGCGCCUUUCAGAUAUUUGUCCCCGAUGUUUGGAAAUCAUACCCACCAGUGGCCUCGAAUCAACUGUCAGCAUCCCAUUCAUUCCAUCAUCACUGAGGCGAAAUCGGGAAGGGGAUUACACAUAUUUAGAUGGAGCUUCACCAGAUGGAGGCCGGUGCCAUGACCGCAGGGUGUGCUUGAUAUUCCAUUCAAGGAUUCAUCCAAAGCUAACCAAGUUAAGGUAUCAACGAAAUUCAGUCAACUGGAAGGCGAUGGAGUCUAAGAAUACAUGCCUGCGAUUCCGGAUAGUUGACCCUCUUUAUGAUAGCUGCUCCCAGGGCAUCGAUGCGCCCACUUUACCACCCCACAUCGCCGCCCCGCCGGAAAGUGAUAGAUUGAAAACCUCUUCUUUCUUUGGGCAUCUCCUCUACAUGGAUUUCUAA